AUGGAGGACUUCGGCCGCUUCUCCCCGCGGCCCUACCUGGACCCCUGGGAGCCCCCGCCGCCCCGCGGAGAGCGCGCAUCCUCGGCGCGGCUGGGCGAGCCUGGGCCACAGACCGAGCCGGCCCUGUGCUCCUGGGCCGGGACUCCGUGCGAGGGGAGUGAGGCCGCGGCGCCGUGGCGACACCCGCGCUGCACGCCCACCCCACGGCCUCGCCGGCGCCGGCACCCCGACUCGCCGCGGGAAAGCCGCAGCCUGACCGACGUGGCCCGGAGGCCCCCGGACCGCGCCAGGAAGCACCGGCCCCGCAGCCGGCUCCUGGAGGAUGCCUGGGGGCAGUCAAGGACCAAGCCCCAGCCGAUGGGAGGCAGCCGGCACAGCCCGGCCUGGCAGCGGCAGUUCCAGCUGCAACCCCAACAGCCUCGGCGCUGCCAGCACGAUCCUCCAGCCCAGGGAGAUUCGCCCCCACCUUACCCAGAGGGGGCUUACACUCCCCUGAGUGGAACUUUCGGGGUAGAAAAGGCGCAGAAUGGAGACCAGUGGGCAGUGCCAGUCUGCAGAAGUCUAGGUCGCUGGUCCCUUUCCUCAGUUCCCACGGAGAAGUCUUCUGCGCUCUCCCAAGAAUUCAGGACGCAGUCAGCUUGCGUGCACACCCAGAAGCGACACAGUAGUGACCCGGGGGAGUCAUUAGGCAGCCAGUACUCCCAGCCCUCAGUCUCCAGCAAGGAGGUGCAGAGCCAGCACACCCAGAUCCUCAAGAACAAGCUGGAAGAGGCAGUCAUGUCCUCCAGGGACCAGAAAAUUGUGGCCCUAGUGCUGAUCCGGCUCAAGAAGGCCCAGAGGAUGCGGGAGCUGCAGCAGCAGGCAGCCAUAGCCUGGGAGGAGCUGAAGCUCUCGGACCAGAAGGUCCAGAUGACCCUGGAGAGGGAGCGCAGGCUGCUGCUGCGGCAGAGCCGGGAGCAGUGGCGGCAGGAGAAAGAGCGGCGCAAGACUCGCCAGAGCCGGGAGCAGCGUGUCCGACGGCGGGACAGCCAAGAGAAGAACACGAUCCAGCAGGAGAACCGGUGGAAGGCGCAAUUGGAGGAGAAGAACCAGUGGAAGGCGCGAUUGGAGGAGCAGGAGAACCACCGCCAGGAGAGGCUGGAGAGGGCCCGCGCUGAGGCCGAGCACAAGAAGCAGUGCCAGGUGCAACGCUUGCAGGAGCAGGAAAGGAUGCUGCAGGACCUGCGCGAGCAGAACAGACUGCAGCUGCAGAAGAGGCUGGAGCAGGCCUGUAAGACGAAGCACCUGCACACGCUGGAGAGCCAGAAGAAGGUCCAGGAGACCAAUCUCAGCUCCCUAGUCAAUUUCCAGGCCCGGAAGGUCCUCAUGGACUGCCAGGCCAAGGCCGAGGAGCUCCUCAGGAAGCUAUCCCUGGAACAGAGCGCCCAGCGGUGCCGAGAGACCCACCAGGGCCUGAUGAAGGAGCGUCACCGAGAGCUGAGGGAGAAGGCCCGGAAGGAGGAGGCGCAGCUCCAGCAGGCCAGGUGGCGCGCGGAAGAGUCGGAGGAGCAGAGGCAGAUGCACAAGUGGUUGUUGGCGGAGCUGGGGGACCAGAAGAUCCGGCAGGCCAGGAGUAACGUCCAGAGGAACUUGAGAGACAGGGUGCAGCACCUUCGAGAGCUCAACAUCCUGCGGGAGAAAAAUCAUCACAUCAUGAAGCUGAAAGCCGAGAAGGAGGAAAAGUGCCACAUCGAGGGCAUCAAGGAAGCCAUUCGGAGAAAGGAGCAGAGGAUGGAGGAGAUCUCGCGGGAGAAAGAUGCAACCUUGGAGGAAUUCCAGACGAUCUCCAAGACCUCCAGGAGAGACACCGCGAGAGCUCUUGCCAACAGCUGCUUUGACGGGAUGGUGCAGGAGGCCGGUCAGCAGAGAGGGGGCUACCGAGACUGACACAUAGCUGACAGCCCAGGCAGCUAGAAAGAGAUAGGGCAACGUGAUUCAUUUUAUAAUCUGAUUAUAAUUGAGCAUUGACUUUAAAAAAGUAUAUAAAAGAGCUGUGAUUUCCUCUCAUGAACUAGUUUAUUGAUUUGCUUCGAUAGUUGA